AUGGGUCUUCUGAGCAUCAUUAGGAAAAUCAAGAAGAAAGAGAAGGAAAUGUACACUCUGAACAUAUGGGAUGUUGGGGGCCAGAAAACAAUAAGAUCUUACUGGAGAAACUACUUUGAGCAAACAGAUGGUUUAGUUUGGGUAGUUGACAGUUCAGAUCUGAGAAGGUUGGAUGAUUGCAAAUUUGAGCUAGAUAACCUUCUAAAGGAAGAGGUGCUGAACUUGAAAGCCAUGGAUAAAUCUCGGCAUUGGCAGAUAAUUGGCUGUAGCGCAUAUACUGGUGAGGGUCUGCUUGAGGGAUUUGAUUGGUUGACAUUAUGGAUUCACUGCGUCACUGAUAUGUUCCAGAUGGAUGUCCCUCUUCUUCUUUUUGGUGAAUGUGGUGCUUCCGCCUUGAUGUCUGCUAUUUAUGAGGAAAAUAAGGAUGAUGAUGGCUUUCUUUACAUGACUUACAGUGGAGAGAACACCUUCGGAUCCCACUAG